UAGAGGUGUAAAUAAAGAAUAGGUGGGUGUGUCCAAACUUUUGACAGUGCAUAAGUUAAAUUUGUGUGAAACAAAAACGGUGGUAGUCACAGAAAAGCGAAAAGAAGAUCAAACGUAGGAGCGCGAGAAGGAGGGGGGUGGUGUUGAGAUGAGCCGUCACAUCCAAAACAAGGAAAUCCUCAUGCGAGUAACGUUAAUGGCGAUGACUCCAGCACCCUCACGUUGCUCCUGCUAACACCACCAGCUUGUUAAUUCUUCUCACACUUGACCUGUGGAACCUGUGUAGCCAUGUCAUCUCGAGUGUUGCUACGGCAACAGCUGAUGCGGGAGCAGGCUCAGGAGCAGGAGAGGAGGGAGGCGCAGCAGCAAGCAUCUGUCUCUCAGCUCCGGCCGACAGACUCCACACCUGCCAUCUUGGUCACGGUCCCACCCAUGGCUGCCUGCCCUCCUCCUGCUCAAGUACCAGUGGAAGUGCUGAAGGUGCAAACUCACCUUGAAAACCCAACUAAAUACCACAUCCGGCAGGCUCAGAGGCAGCAAGUGAAACAGUACUUGUCCACCACACAGGGCAACAAAGUUGCCACACAAACACUUGGUGUGUCCCCUGUUCUGCAGUCAAGCUCCGCCCCUGAGUUGGGACCCUCUGCAAGCAGUGCCCCCAACAGUCCAAUGGCACAUCUUAACCUGGGCUCCAACAAAGAAGAGAUGGAUGACGUAAUCGAUGACAUCAUUAGCCUAGAGUCCAGCUUCAAUGAUGACAUCAUGUCACUUAUAGACUCAGGACUGCAACUCCCAAACACGUUACCAGGCAACCUUCUGGAUAUCUACAGCAGUCCUGGUAUGGCGACCACCAGCAUCACCAUUAGCAAUUCCUGUCCAGCAGAUCUGCCUAACAUCAAAAGGGAAAUUACUGACACAGAGGCCAGGGCCUUCAUGAAGGAAAGACAGAAGAAAGAAAAUCAUAAUCUCAUUGAAAGGAGAAGAAGAUUUAAUAUAAAUGACAGAAUACAGGAGUUGGGGGCUCUUAUACCCAAGUCCAACGAUCCGGAGAUGCGCUGGAACAAGGGAACCAUUUUGAAGGCUUCUGUUGAUUAUAUAAGAAAGCUUCAAAAAGAGCAACAGAGAGCCAAAGAGAUUGAGAUGAGGCAGAAGAAGCUUGAGCAAGCCAACAAGACCCUGCUGCUUCAUAUACAGCAAUUGGAGAUGCAAGCCGGGGUCCAUGGCCUCGCCACUCCUUUGUCAAGCUCAGACGUUUCUUUUCUUCAGCAGCAGCUACCCCAAGCAAACCAGUCUUUGCAGCCCAGCGUUGGAGAAAGCCAAGCUCAUACCCAGCUCACUAUGGAUGGGGCCAUGGCACAGACUUCCCCUUCUCCCUUCCUCACAGUACCCCCUUCAGGUUCUUUGGCUGGUGCAGUUGUAAGCGGCCCUCUUGAUUUGGGUACGUUUAGCUUUGCGGAGCUGGAUGAACCAUCGGCUUCUGACCUUUACACUGAUGUGGGUCUCAAUGACAUUCUAAUGGAGGAAGGCGGCAUGUUGCCCACCAUCAGGUCCUCAGAUCCAUUUUUCUCCCCAAUGUCACCUGGUGCCUCCAAGCCUAGCAGCCGCAGGAGUAGCAUUAACAUGGAGGACGACUUGUAACGGAACUGACCACUAUUCGUGUGUGUGUGUGCGUGUGCGUGUGUGUGUGUGUGUGUGUGAGAGUGAGCACCCUUAUCCUAGUAUGAUGAUUCUGGAGCCAGUGCUCAAUCUAGAAAUAUUCACUAAAGAUAAAAAUUGGUUCCACACCUACCCCUUAAACCUACAGUCUUGAAUAAUGUGUUUGAGAUUAUUUGGGGUACAAAUUAAUGUUACUUUAAUUUCCCCCUCACCUUUAUAACAUUGAAUGGUUUUUCAGGUAGUCAAUAAUUGCAAUAAUACCAAUUUUUGUUUAUUCAAAUGUUUUGAACUUUUAGCCUUUUUUAGCGAAAGUGUAGGAAGAUUAAGCUUUUUAUAGCUUAAAUUUGUAGGCAUAGCUGUGAUGCCCUAAGGGUAGUUCAUGUUAUGCUAUUACUGUGUUAGUCUUUGCAUUCAAAGCAUGCAAGUGCACACACACAUAUAUAUAGGGAUCUUAAUAGCAUGGACUUGUGGAGUAAUUAUUCAUAUGAUGAAAAUGUUCAAGCAAUAUUACAACAAUACUCCUGGUUUCAUAUUUACUACUUCUGAAAUGCAUAGAGUAGUUUAUUCAGUUUACAUCAUUACAUCAUCAAUUCAUUUAAUCUUUGAUGUCAGUGUUACUUUGCAAAUUUGUGAUAGCACAGUUGCUCAUGUGUUUUUAGGCUUUGCAUAGGGAGAUAAGCCAUUUUAAUGCAAUACACAAAUAGCUUUCCAGGUGUAAUGUUUCAAAAGCUACCUCUGCCCAAAUUGCUUUUUAACCAGAUCUUAAUCUGCAUUUUGUUCAACUAAAUACACACAUUUACCUGUUCUGUACCUAAAUGUAUGUGUUGUGCUCAUAUACAAAUCAGGUUUAAAAUACUGCCGCUUAAAGCCAAAUAUAGUUUCCUGUCUGAUCAAAUAGUGUGAUAACACUCCUAACUGUGCCUUUAGCAUUAAGGAACAAAUGUUAUUUGUUUGGUUUAAACAUAUAAAAAAAGAAAAGUAUGCAAAUGACGCUCCAAAUGUAUAGCAAUGUCCUCCUGAGUUAUUCUCUCAAUUCUGCAGCAAUUCAGAUUCAGAAUGUAUUGUGUUCAAAAGUAUACAUUUUAAAGAUAAAACAAACCCUUGUUAAAGAUAUUUUAAAACUUGAAUAUUGUAAUAAAUGCAACUGCCAUAUUUCUGUCUAAGGCACACAAAGAUGGCUAUGUUUAAGUUAUUGAAUAUUAUUGUGAAAUCAGAGCAACGUUCUCAUUUUUGUCACAUUUUCUGACAGUACGCAAUACUUUAGAUACUUACUAAAAUACUUUGUGUAUAGGGCUUUUCCCAUGUAUUAAAACUAUAUUGCCAGCUCUCCUGCUGCCGAUGUGUUUUAUUCCCUUCUUUAAAUUCAUUACAUCUGUAUUGAAAGGUAAUGUGUUUUUUUUUUCAAAGCUCAUAAUUUAUUAUAAAGAGAACUAUCAUUUUAAUUAGAUUUUUUUUCUUCCAUGUGUGUUGGUGGUUUAAGUGUCUAAAAUAAACUGAUAAUAAAUCAGACCA